AUGCUUUCUGCGCAGCCUGAGCAUCAUCUUGUGGUAUCAGACGAGAAGGUCAACGAAAGGGUCAUCGAGAACCUCGGUGAAUAUAUCACUCGGUUCCAGAUUGAGUUUCAGCCACCCAAUACCCCCUGGCAACAACGAGACCUUUACGAUGACUUUUCUAUCAAACUGAGUGGGCAUAGAUAUCUCGACAAUGGAGCAGUUAUUGGCAACGUUUUGCACCAGUUCCGGCCCCGAGCCGGAGGAUUUGACGCCAAUUUGUGCAUCUACUACCCUGCCUCAGUACCCGAGGAGCUCCUGGAACAACAUCGCCAACAAUUGGUGGUGGAGUUCACCAACUGGACAUAUUGUGAGAGCAUGCACUCAGGUCAACACACACUACCAACUAGGCCAAAAAGACCACUAUGUGAGCCGUCAUGCUGA